AUGGCCAUGAACAUUCAUGCCGAAAAGACCUUUGAAAUUCCUUUGAGAAAGAGAGCCUACGAUGAUGCUCGUGCUGCCUCUGUCAAACUCUCCAAGAUGAGAAGCAUUCAAACACAAAACAAACUUCGUUCCUUGUUGUACUCUGCCACACGAUUGGCCACCACAAAGCCAUCCCUCAAGGUUGGUGCCACUCCAAUUGUUCCAUUGAAGGACUAUGAUGAUGUCGAAUAUUAUGGAGAAAUUACCAUUGGUACUCCUGCUCAAACUUUCAAAGUUGUUUUUGAUACUGGAAGCUCCAACUUGUGGGUUCCUAGUGUUGCCUGUAAGGAUUUGAGUUGUGUUAGACAUGCUAGAUAUAAUCAUACCAAGUCUUCUACCUAUGUUCCAAAUGGACAAUCAUUCAAUAUUACUUAUGGUACUGGUGCUGUUAAGGGUAUUUUGUCAAGUGAUACCGUUGUUGUUGGUGGAUUGGCUAUUAAGGGUCAAGUUUUUGGUGAAACUACCAAUGAAUAUACUGAUACUUUCUUGAAUGCCAAGAUUGAUGGUAUUUGUGGAUUUGCUUUCCCAAAUAUUGCUGUUGAUGGUGUUACUCCAGUUUUCAACAACUUGAUGAAGCAACGUCUCGUUGAUAAGAACAUUUUCUCCUUCUACAUGUCUAAGAAGGCUGGAAGUGGUGCUUCUGCAAUGAUUUUGGGUGGAAUCAAUUCUAAAUAUUAUACUGGUUCUUUUAGCUAUGUUCCAUUGAUUCAACAUAAUUAUUGGAGUAUUGCUUUGGAUGAUAUUGCAAUGAAUGGACAAGGACAAAGUUUGUGUGGAUUUGGAUGUAUGGCCAUUGUUGAUACUGGUACUAGUUUGAUUGCUGGAACACCAGAUGUUAUGCAACCAAUUAUUAAUCAACUUAAUGUUGCUGAAGAUUGUUCUAAUAUUGAUUCUAAUCCAAAUGUUUCAUUUGUCAUUGGUGGAAAGCAAUAUCUUUUGACUCCAAGAGACUAUGUCAUUAAGAUUACCUCUCAAGGACAAACUCAAUGUUUCCCAGGUUUCCAAACUAUGGAUAUGGGUACUAAUGGAUUCGUCAUCCUUGGUGAUGUUUUCAUCUCCACUUAUUACACUGUCUUUGAUUAUGAAGGUUCUAGAGUUGGAUUUGCCAAGUCAAAUCAAAACCUUUAAAUUAAAAGAUUAAUAUUUCACAAUAAUUUCGUAUUCAUUAUUAGAAUCUUCUACUUUCUCUGUUGACAAUAUCUGAACCAAGUGUCAUUUAUGACCAUAUCUCGCAC